AUGGCCUCAGCUAGCAGCAUGCUACCAUCAAACCAAAGACAAGAUCUAAAGAGCUUACUAGAGUGUGCAAUUUGCCUGGAGACAUUUGACGACCCUUGUACACUGCCAUGUCUACAUUCGUUUUGUAAAAAAUGUUUGGAACAUUUUGUGGAUGGAAAAUGUGAAGAUGAGUUAAAUUGUCCCGUGUGUCGUUCCAAGUUCACGAUUAAUGAAGAAGGUAAAACUAUACUACUUUUGACUUGAAACAUUACUUAUAUACAAGGGUAUUAUAGAACGUUCACGUUACAUAUUUCAUGAGCGGCCGUGUUAUAUAAUAUAUUCGAAGCGAGCGGAUAGUGUAUAUAGAUUGUGAUUCGUUGUGAUGAAAAUGUUCAUUAUCUUUAAGUACUAGUUAAAACAUGAGCAGCUGUGUUGUAUAGUUAACCUGCGUGUCAGGCUCUAUCGGAUAUUAUACAAAUGCGAGAGUUUGUAUCUGCAUCUAGUGCUGUGCGCCGGAGCCGGAGUUCUGACGGAGCACCGGCGGUUUUUCCAACGCCGGAGCAGAAUUUUGAAUGCCGGAGCCAGAGUUACGUUUUCCCAGCUCCGGCAAAAUGACAAGAAAAUAAUAUGAAAUGAGACAAAUGUCAAACGAUUGUUAGUUACUGCAAACUGCCAAUUGCUGUUGAUGAAUUCAUUAUAGACUCAAACUGCCACAGCUCACAGGAACAGCGUCGAAAAGCUGUAAUACGAUCGCAACUUACAAACGUCAUGCUUUCAUGAAGCCAUCUGACUUAGCGCUACAUACAGUCUGUGUAUUCAUGCCUUGUAGAUAACGAAAAAGUACGAAACAACGUUUGCGUGCAAACAAUUGCGCUGUGGAGUCCGAGAGUGUUAGCGUCAUGCCUCGCGUCAUGCUAUACUUGGGAGAUGCUAAGCAUCAUGGGGCGAGCAAGAGCAACGACAACCUCGUACCCAGGGCUUCUGCGAUUAAGCCCUGGGUGACGAGGUUGGAGCAACGAUAGCCAGUAACUACAUAAUCAUGCAACAAUUGUUACUAAUGGCAACCUUUCUUGUUUCCGCACUUAAUUAAACUAUCCAUCCGAUAUACAACAUGGACGCGAAUUUUGUAAAUGGCUUGAUGAGAACACUCGUAUUCUUCAACAAUUUAAUAGAAUAAAUUUAUAAAUGAAUGAUAUUUGGUGAGAAAAUUGAACUUAAAGUUUAUGUAAAUUGGCAUAUUUUGUAUCAGAUAUACAAACUCCUUCACGGUCGUGUUUCCCUUGGUGUUUGCUUUAUGAAUUAUUGUCAGAAUUCUAUGUACACUGUACUAGAUAAAACAUGCUCAUCCGAUCUUUAUCUGAUAUUAAAACUGGAGCAGAAGACGAGAAUUUGUAUAUCAGAUAAAGAUCGGAUGCGCAUGUUUUAACACGCUUAAAAAACUUAUCCAUCUUAUGAGUUCACUAGCGAAGUAAUUUUAAAAAUAAACAUUGUCUAAGCCGAGAAUAUCAAAGCUGAAGUUUAUGUAAAUCAGGACAAAUCUUUAUCCGAUUUACAAACAUUGAUUAAACAUUCAUUCCUUUUGUAUUUUCCUUAUGAAUUAUUGAUUUUUUAAUAUAAUUUAUCUAGAAGGAGUGGCAGGGAUGACUAGAAAUCAUUUUAUUUGUAAUAUGGUCGAAGUGCUGUCUAUACAAGAUCAAGACACAUGUAUACCUUGCUUUCAUUGUAAACAAGCGUCUGUUGCUCGUUGCGUAACAAGUGAACUGUUCAUGUGCGAGAAAUGUUUACAGUCUCAUAAUGGCUACAUUGGAUUUCGAGAUCACGUUGUCCUCACAAUGGAAGAACUGCUAAAGCCUGAGAAUCAGUCGAAAAUCAAAGGGAAAUCAUAUUGCAAGAAACAUGCAAGUAAAAAGUUGAAGCUAUAUUGUGAAACAUGCGAGGAAUUGAUAUGUACUUAUUGUGUAGUUUUUGAACACGUGCGACCCCAUCAUGUGUGUUCUCCGCUUGAAGAAAUCGCAGAAAGAAAACGCGAAGAAUUAAAAACGAUAUGCGAGACUCUUAACAGUGACGUGUAUGACAAUACCCAACAUUACGAUGAGUUGGCAAUAACGUCAUUUUAUUUGGACAAAGAUUUAGAAGAAGUAAAGAGUCAUAUCAACAAGAGGAAAAACAGUGUUUUGACAUUUCUAAAGAAUAUUCUCGAAAAGAAAGCACAAUCCCUUAUUGAAGAAACAGAAAACACUGUUAGAGUAAAAAACCAGACAAUUGAUGAAGAGUUAAAACGUGUUACUGACCAUAUAGCAGGACAAAAAAAGACAUGCGAUAUGGCAGAGGCCCUAGUUGAAAAUGGAAGCAACGAAGAAAUCAUGUUAUCACACAAGUUAGUUCAGCAAAGUUUAGAAAACAGCGAGAAAGAAUAUGGAAGAAAGGAGAUAGAUGCCAAAUUGCCUCAAUAUAGUGAUGGAGUACUGGAUAGUAAAUUUUUUGAUGAAAUCAAAGCAAUUAACUUAAAAGGUAUGUUUUUAAAUCUGACAAUCCUUAAUCAGGCCAGAAUAGUCCCUAUUAAAUUAUUACUUAUUUAUGGCAGUACAUAUGACCCCUUUCAAAGAGCAAGUGAUUUAUAUUGUUUUAGAUACAAAGCAAAGAAGAACAUUCAAGGAACUAAGAAAGACAAGAAUGUCCAUCGCUGGAAACCGCAGUAUCAAUCCCGAUAACGUCGUUGCUAUAGAAAUGGCGGCAACGGGAUUCUGCAAUGGCUUUGGCUGGCGAUGA